GAUGUCAUAUGACGUCCUCCCAUUCUCACCACGCAUGCGCGGCUCAGAGAGCGCGCAGCGAGGUGAUCGCCGAUGCGCUGUGUCCCUCGGACACAGCGGAUCAUGGUAAGAGCCGAAAAUGUCGGCACAGUCAUGGGACAUGUACACCGAUCAUCAGGGCACUGAUGAUCAGUGUGCCCUGAUGAUCAGUGUGGCCCCAGAAGUGCCACCUGUCAGUGUCCAUCAGUGCCAGCAGUCAGAGCUCAUCAGUGCCACGUGCCAGUGCCCAUCAGUGCCACAUCAAUGCCACAUAUCAAUGCAUACCAGUGCACAUCAAUGCCACAUAUCAGUGCCCAUCUGAGCUGCCUUUCAAUGUCACCCAUCAGUGCUAGUCAGUGCCACCUAUCAGUGCUGCCAAUCAGUGCCACCUAUCAGUGCGCAUCAGUGCUGCCUAUCAGUGCCAGUCAGUGCCGCCUAUCACUGCCAUAUAUCAGUG